CCCCCCCCCCCCCAAAAAAAAACAACAAUCUAACGUUUGGUUGUCACACGUUGAAGUGGAUAUUAGUGGAAAAUACACUUUUUGACUGUCUGUGCCCGCAACAAGUACAACUUUAGCGGCACAACCUGGCUAUACGGUGACGUCACAUUAAGGAGACUAAUUCUGCCUAGCAACAAAUGAUCCAGGUAAGGAAAAUAAAGCACCGUCUGCCUUUGUAGGUUGCAAACAAUUUCUCUGUGCAGUGAUUACUGUUGUGGUGGUUGGCGAAAAUGAAAUGACAAGGGAUGAACUCUUGCCCCCCGUCCCACCACCACCACCACAUGAGCAUCUCAGCUGAAUCUCCCCUUGCCACGCCCCUCCUUCCUCUUCGCCCAACCCCACGUCUCCUCCAGUGCUCCGCUUGCCCGGUCGACCCAACUCUCGAGAGGGCUUUGAGUCCUUCUCACCCCCCCCCACCCCCACCCCUCGUUUCAUAAAAGCAUGCUUUUCAUUCCUGGAGCUUUUUUUUCUUUCUUUCUUUUUGAGGAGAACAUGAACGACAUCAAGAUUGCGGUGCUUGGAAGUGAAGGCGUCGGAAAGUCAGCCCUCAUCGUCAGGUUCUUCACCAAACGUUUCAUCGGAGAAUACGCAUCAUCUUCAGAAUGCAUGUACCGAAAGCGUCUGAUUCUGGAUGGGAGGCAGAUGAAUUUGGAGCUGUUCGAGCCCUGCUCCCAGUCCUUUCAAAAUAAAAUAAGUGUCAAUGACCAGAUGCACUGGGCCGACGGUUUCAUCGUGGUCUACGACAUUAGCGACCACUCGUCCUUUCUCGCUGCCAGAUGCGUCGUAAAGCUCAUCCGGGAGCACCGCUUUGGAUCGGCCAAGAGGGAUGCUGACUCGCUUAUAUUUCUGGUGGGCAACAAGCAUGACCUGUGCCACAUGCGAGAGGUGCGCCACGAAGAAGGCCAGUGCUUGGCGGAUGAGUUCCGAUGCCAAUUUCACGAGCUGUCGGCGGCCGAACACUACCAGGAGGUGGCGCUCGUGUUCUCCAAGGCGGUGCAGAGUGCUAAGGCCAAGGAGCGUAGGCGACGCCCGAGCGGUGCCAAGUCCAUGGCCAAGCUCAUCAACAACGUUUUUGGCAAGAGGAGGAAAUCGGUGUGAGGCGUAAGAAUCAAGAAUUCACUGUUGUGGGAUCUCUUGAGCGUAACUAGCAUGGAUGUGAUCCUUCCAUCGCACUUGUUCUUACUCUCUCGCUGUGAAAAAAAUGGGAGAAUAUCGUAAACGUUGCUAAAAAAUAAUACUAUACGUUAUUUCUCUAUAAGAGGCAAAGUGUCAAGUUGCUUGUCACUCUCAGUUGAAGGUUACUGUGGAACGGGAGCAAAAUAAAAGCGAACUAAACUUUGUAGGUCGAAUCACCAAAAGUUCCAUUUAAAUUCCGAAUAAAAUCUGCUAGCGUGAUGCUAACGUGGUGCGCAACGAAAAUUAGCAAAACUAUUUAAUCACGGCACACAAAAGAGGAUUAAAUAUUUAACAUUUAAACCGGAAAAAAAUAUUCACCAAAACCAUCCACAGGAAUAGCAAAAGUCCACUAGCUUAAUGCUAACAUAUGAUGCGUAUAUAAUGAGCUAACUGAUAUUAGCAUGGAUUUUAUGUAGCAACAAUAAAUACAAACAGCGCAUCCAAUGAAAUGUUUGUUUUAAAGGGCUAGCUUAAUGCUAACAUUUAAUGUGAAACGCAAUUGUUGUGCUAACUGAAAUUAGCCUGACAAAUCCCCUCAAUCAAAUUCGAUCAUGUAAGUCUUUUCUUUGUUUUGUCAUCUGGAGAGGUUGAAAAAAAGUACACUUUAAAAAAAUAUAUAUAUUUUAACAGACUGACAUCUAUUCUCAAAUGUAGAGAGUGAAAGUCAAAAGCGUAAAAAUGAAUACAGAUAGCCAAAAAAUCUACUUCACCACAGGAACAAUUGAUUUGUACUUUGUUACUUCCAACCUUUGCUUAUAUCUAAUAUUAAACAGUUAAAAAAAAAGUUUACUGAUCUCCGGCUGUGCUCCGGGCAGCAUUACCGCACACAACAACCCCAAACGUGGACUCUCUCCCGUCCAUCCAGGACAUAUCUCCUUGGCAUUCUACAUUCCUUUCAUGCCUUCUCCGCACAGGUGUCUCCGUGCUGCCAUACAAAGUAAUAAGACGGCCAGGAGGCCUCAGCAUUGAUUCUCCAGGAAAAAGAAACACUGUUGGGAGGCCCCCUCGACACACCCGGCGUAUGAAUGGUGCCAUUAUCUCGAUGAAAACGGCGGCCAAGCCGUUGAUGACGGGCCAGGCAGAAUGUCAUCGCAUUCCCAGGUGCGGCGUCGGCUUCAGACCAAUACAGGGCUCCCUCAAAUAAAUUAUCGUGCUUGCGCCGCCUAAAAAACAAAAAUAAAAAAAUCAGAGGAGUCGCUUGGAACACGAAGGUCGCACUUAAAGAAAAAAUACCCCCAAAAAAGCCACUGUUUUAUUGUUGAACAGGAUGGGUGAUGUCGAGCCCUCUGACCUUCCGCUAGAUUCUCAUUUGGAUUUGCUCGAAUGGUCGUAACCCCUUCCGACAUGUGGAGAACUUGAGAAUUUUUUUUUUUAACUUUUUACAUUUUAGAAUCCCCUCCCACACAUACGUACCCACACCAAAAAAAAACAUGCAGUCUGCCCCAAAUGAUUAUGUAGUCACCUUUCAUUACAAAUGAUCAACUUUAGCAUACUUUUCAUCCGUGUCGUUUCCAAGUGAGGUAGCUUCUUUGUUUUUAUUUAUUUAUUUAUUUAUUUUCGGUCUAAGUUGCAGCCAGAUCCACUUGGCCUUUUCUUGAAAUCUCAUUGGUUCAUGCCCGGGGGGCCUCUUCCAGAAGCAGCUUGAUUGAGUUAACAAGUUUGACCUGGAACAUGAACCCGCCCAUGCAACUGGUGGGCGGGUCACAAUAGCAUUUGCUAAUGCUAUUGUGUUCAAAACGGUUUAAAAAAAAAGAAAGUAAUUUGCUGGUUUCGUCGUGUGUGCUUUUUUCUUUUUUUAUUUAAAGCAGGAUGAUGCAAAAAUUAUACUGAUUUGCUCUCUGUGACUACUAAUCUGGGUUUGUUUGUUUUUUGUGCCUGUGUGGUGCCAAA